GACAUCCAACCCAAUCUCACCUCAUUUGCCUUAUACUCCUUUCACUCGCUCUCGCACCAAAUCCAAUCACCAUCCUAACAAGAUAAUUCAAGAUGGUUUCAUUCGUCGCUCUUCUCGCCCUCUCCGCGUCUGCGCUCGCAUCACCCGUCGCCCUCCAGGAGCGCGAUACGAACAUCCCCAACAACUGGUACUGGAAGGUUCUCAAAUGGGAUGCUAGCUGCAUCCGCUCUCUGUGCACUUACCGCUUCGACGUGACAAUUCCGUCUGCGGACAACAUCGCAGGCGUCUCGGCAAGAUGCUCAGGCUAUGAGAAUGGUGGUUACAAGCUCGAAAACUGGUACGCGGACUGCGACAUCGUUUCGGGCCCCAAGAACAACGGUGUCGCGGCCAAGCUCAGCACCAGACUCGGGGACAGCGACAGCAACCCCUCGCAGAUUUUUGUCAGCUUCGUACAGGUUGGAGAUGGCAAGACAAGGCCUACAUUCAACUACACCGGUAGGGCCGACGUUAUUUACCCCCAUAGCCUCUUCGAUGUGGGCGAGUUUGAUAUCGUGGCCGAGAACGCCACCGCCAUAUUGUAAAUGAGGCAUACGCAGAAGACAUGGAUAGGAAAGGCGCAGAUUGUGUAAAUAUAGGACGCGCAGCGGACGUGCAGACAGGGGAUGCAUAGAACAUGUGUAGAUAGAGAAUGCCUGGAAGUUGUACUUACCUUUCUUCUUCGAACUUUAAUUAAAAUUUGGUGACGAGGCGAAUUACUCUGAUUCUCUUACGAAACAGUGCCUCGUGCAAUAUUGAA